CCGCCCCCCCAUGUAAACUACGGUGGCGCAAAGGGACAAAAAUAAUACACGUCUACUUCCAGUGAGUGGAAGCCUUGCGUUUCUGAGCGCCUGAUCUCGCGAGAGGCGGAAAGGGCGCAGCGUUUGAAACAUGGCGGACGACGUAGAUCAGCAGACCACCAACACUGUUGAGGAGCCCCUGGAUCUCAUCAGGCUCAGUUUGGAUGAGCGAAUUUAUGUGAAGAUGAGAAACGACAGAGAACUUCGAGGCAGAUUACAUGCUUAUGAUCAACAUUUAAAUAUGAUCCUGGGAGAUGUGGAAGAAACUGUGACAACAAUAGAGAUUGAUGAAGAGACGUAUGAGGAGAUAUAUAAAUCAACAAAACGGAACAUCCCCAUGCUCUUUGUCCGGGGAGAUGGUGUUGUUCUAGUUGCCCCUCCAUUGAGAGUCGGCUGAGACAGAAGAGGAUCCUGUGUAGGAAAUGGAGACUUUGCCUCUUGAAAUGUGCAGAACACUCACAGAGAGAAGCUCACAUGCAUUCUGAUAUCAGAAGUGACCCAAGGAUCCCUCCACCCUCAAGGAAGUUCAUUUCCGAGUAACUUACAGCCUCUCAGCUAAACCCCAUGUUCCUUUUCUCCAGCCUCCUAUCAGUGUCGCCAGCCUCCUCGCUCUUCAGGAGUUGUUUGCCCAUUGUUCUUGCAGUUACUUUCAGGUUGUUUUCUUUAAAUUAAAUUUGAUGUCCCUUUUA